AUGGGAGCCCUCAUGUACCGCGUCUUCCUCACCAUUGUGAACAUCAUCUUCCCUCCGGUAGCCAUCAUCAUUCUCUGCGGAGCAGCCUCGUGGGACUGCAUGCUCAAUUGCGCUCUCUUCAUCCUGGCCGUGAUACCUAGCCACAUCCACGGCUUCUAUCUGACCUGUACGUACUUCCAUCGUCGGAAGAAAGUAAGCAUCGCCCUCUCCGAUCCCCUUCGGAAUCCAUCUAAUGGUUCUUCCAGGUUAAAAAGGGCCGCUACCCAGGUGGUCCCAAAUCCAUGAUCCAUUCCGAAACGAUUCUCAACGGCGGAGCCAGCAAUGCCGAAGUCGAACGCCUCUACCGCAAAGAAUACGGAAUGCCGCGAAAGUCGAGUCGCAAGAGUAGUGUCGGGCGCAGCAGUGGGAACGCAGAGACGGUGCAACGGCAAGGAAGCACUCUGAGGCGGAACGGGACACAUACAAGCAAGCACUCGCAGAAUCGUGGGAACCGGUUGCAGGAGCAAUACGUCAACCGAGACGGAUAUGGACCUGGUUCGCCGCCCAGACCGACGCAGGUCGGAGAUUAG